UCAACGUAUUGCUGACAUGGCCUCCGACAUACAACAUCAGCUUCUGGAGAGAAUAAAAACCAGCCCAUGUUUCUCUUUGCAGCUAGACGAGUCCACUGAUGUAACAAAUGCAGCACUGCUAUUGGUUUUUGUUCGCUAUCACUGGGACAGCAGUUUGCAAGAAGACAUGCUCUUUUGUGGAGAGCUACCAACCCGAACUACAGCUGAGGAAUGUUUCCGCUGCAUGGAUAACUACUUCAUGGAGAACGGCCUGGACUGGCAGAACUGUGUUGGGGUGUGCAGUGACGGUGCAGCGUCAAUGACUGGUAGGCACCGAGGCGUCAUCAAGCAGAUACUUGAGCGUGCGCCAGAAGCUACAUGGACCCACUGUUUUCUCCACCGUGAAAGCCUUGCAGCAAAAAGGAUGUCACCAGAGUUCCAGGAGGUGAUGGAUGUAAGUGUGAAAACUAUCAACAUCAUAAAAGAUAAUGCUGUUAACUCCAGAUGUUUUGCUAAGCUUUGUGAGGGCUUGGACACAGAUCAUGUCCAGCUGCUCUGUCACAGUGAAGACACUCAUGUGGAUAAUGGCGAUGAGAAUCCUGACCGUGGAAACUGGACCAACAAAACAGAAUACAUUCUCUCUAUGAUCGGUUAUGCUGUCGGUUUAGGAAAUAUCUGGAGAUUUCCGUAUAUGGCCUAUAAGAAUGGAGGAGGUGCUUUUCUCAUUCCCUAUUUCUUGAUGUUGGUUUUGUGUGGAAUUCCUCUUUUGUUCUUGGAAAGCGCCAUCGGUCAGUUCUGCAGCCAAGGUCCCAUCAACAUGUGGAGAGCAGUUCCAGUGCUGCAGGGUGUUGGCUUGUCAAUGGUUAUGGUGAAUGCACUCAUAUCAAUUUACUAUAACGUCAUCAUCGCCUACAGCCUGUACUACAUGUUCGCCUCCAUGCAGUUUCCUCUGCCGUGGUCCAGCUGCUCCAGCUGGGCUGACAGAAAAUGCAGCAACUUACCUAAAGGUGCUUCUCCUCUCUAUCACUGUUGUUCCAUUUCAGUGGAGAGCCCAAGUGAGCAGUACUGGGAUCAUGUUGCUCUGCAGAGGUCCAGUGGUCUGGAUGAAACAGGACCAGUAGUUUGGCACCUGGCUCUCUGUCUGCUGCUGAGCUCCAUCAUUGUUGCUGCAGCACUCAUCAGAGGCAUCAAGUCAUCAGGAAAAGUUGUGUACUUCACGGCUACAUUUCCUUAUCUAGUGAUUUUAAUUCUUCUGAUCAGAGGUGUGACACUAGAAGGAGCAAGAGAUGGUAUAGACUUCUAUAUUGGUUCCCAGUCCAAUCUGACUAAACUGACUGAAGGACAGGUCUGGAAGGAUGCAGCGACUCAGACUUUCUUUUCCUUGUCCAUUGCUUGGGGUGGAGUUCCAACCCUUGCUUCUUACAGCAACUUCCACAACAACAUGUUCCUGGAUUCAGUUGUUGUAACUGUCAUUAACGAUGGCACUAGUGUGUUUGCAGGCUUUGCCAUCUUUUCAAUCUUGGGACACAUGGCUCAUGUCUAUGGAAAGCCUAUUGGAAAUGUGGUGAAAGAAGGCUUUGGUCUGGCUUUCAUUGCGUAUCCAGACGCUCUGGCUAAACUUCCCAUUUCCCCACUGUGGUCCAUUUUGUUCUUCUUCAUGCUGCUGACUGUUGGUCUGGACUCUCAGUUUGCAGCAAUAGAGGUGAUCACCACAUGCCUGUUGGAUGCCUUCCCUAAUAUCCUCACAUCCAAACGUGCCGUCGUGACUAUACUGACGUGUGUCAUUGUCUUCCUCUUGGGCCUUCCAUGUGUGACAAGGGCAGGAAUAUACUGGGUAACUCUAAUCGACCAGUUUGUUGCCAGCUGGGUGAUGCUGAUUUUGGCUCUCAUGGAGAUCACUGGCUUCUGCUACAUAUACGGCGUGAACCGUUUUAUCAAAGACAUUGAGAUGAUGAUUGGAAAAAAGAGCUUUUGCUUCUGGCUGUGGUGGAGAGCUUGUUGGCUCUUCCUCACUCCCUGCAUCAUAGCGGUGAUCCUGGUGUGGUCUCUGGUCAUCUUUGUGCCCCCCACCUAUGGAAAAGUGGAGUACCCAGCCUGGGGUUUGGCUCUGGGCUGGUGCAUGGUUGCAUUCAUCCUCAUCUGGAUCCCUGUCAUUACUUUGUAUAAAGUGAUAAAAGCAAAGCGAAACCUCUGUAAGGUGAUAUCGUUGUGCUCUCCAUCUGAGGAAUGGCAUCCCUACCUGGACAUCCACAGAGGAGAACGCUACUCAAAAAACAUGGCUGCUGAAGAAACUGUAUCAGAUGAUAAAACAGAAGAUAAGAAAAUGUAAAUAUAACAUCUAGUACAUGACAGUGUUUACACCCUGAUAUAUUAAAUACACUGUUCAUGUCAGAUACUCAGAAGGAACAUUUUAAAAUCGAAUGCACAACUAAAUGUCACAUGCAGCUCAUGGCUUUGGAUGUAUAAACAGACAAAAUAUGGGUCACAACAUGUCUGCUACAUUAGACUAAUCUGUAUUCUGCUGUUAUCCAUUUACAGUAUUUAGAUCGUUGGCUGGUGUGUUUAAGUUGUCUUCUUUUCAGCUAUCUCCUUUUCAACAUAUAAUGCACUAGUGUCAGCUUUCUAACACCAAUUGUCUGUGACUUCACGAGUGACAUGGUUUGAAUUCCACCACAGUUUAUCUUCUUAAUCUAGAUAGAUAGAUAGAUAGAUAGAUAGAUAGAUAGAUAGAUAGAUAGAUAGAUAGAUAGAUAGAUAGAUAGAUAGAUAGAUAGAUAGAUAGAUAGAUAGAUACUUCAUUAAUCCCGAGAGAAAUUCGAUAUACCCUCAUCAAGAUUGUCUUAGAUCAAACUCUUCAGAUUCUGUCAACACAUCAGGUGGUCAUCGCUGCUUAGAGCUCAAGGGUCCCUUGUGUCAUUGUUCUUUCAAGAGCUCCAUCUGGUGGAUAUUGGGCCUUAAAAAAUCCAGGCUACAACGACUACACUUUGUGCCUUUUAAAUGAAGAUCUUUUCUUGCAAUUUAGCCAAAUUAGUUCAAAUGUAUUCCAUUGUCCUCUAUUGCCCUAUUCCUCUGUUUCUUUCUGACCACUCUCCUUCCAGUUUAGCUCCAUUGUGUUACACAUAGUAGCAAAUUAAUGCCUUCUUGGUCCACAAAAGCAAUUUUUUUACUGUGUUUGCUCAAUGUCUUUUGCAUCAUAUAGGAUUCAAAAUGUAAAAGUUAAUAUUUAAUUGCUCAAACAAAAAUAGCUACUCUCGCAU